AUGCCUGCCCCGAACCCAGACAGCUUUGAGCGCGCGCUCGUGAAAUUCAAGGCAUCUCUCUCACCAUCGCUGGCGCAGCAAUUCUCGGUCUGCACCUUGCAAGAUGUCCGCCAGGUCGUCCGGGAUAUACAGCUGAAACAGGGCAGAGAAGGCAAGCUGCGCUACAUGCGGCGGCUCGAGGCCUUUGUUGAGGCCAUGGAGCAGCUUGGUCAAGUGAUGGAAGUAUUUCUGAACGCGAAUGUGUUUGUGUGCUUCAUCUGGGGCCCAAUAAAGUUCUUUCUCGUCACUACAAAUUCGCAUCUCGACUCGUUCGACAAGCUGCUUGGUAUCUAUUCCCAGGUUGGAGACGCCAUUCCUGGCCUUGUGCGUUACAAAGCCACCUUUGAGCGCCAUUCGACCUUGGCAGCCGUGCUCGAGGACUACUAUUCAGACAUAUUGAGACUUCACCAUGAGGCGCUGUCCGUCUUCAACCGACCAAGAUGGAAAACUGUCUUCGAUGCAACGUGGAAAACGUUUGGCACCCGAUUCAAUCCCAUUCUGCAGAGCCUCAUCAGACGUAGAGACUUGCUGGAAAGCGAGAAGGCUUCGGCCUCUCUAGACGGAAUUCAGAUGUUGCGAGACGAGAUCCGGCACCAUGCCCGAGUAUCCCGGAUCAAGGAAAAGCUGCAAGCACCAAACUAUCACCUCGAUCAAGAGAUUUCCACAGAAGAUAGAUACGGUGGUAAGUCGGGCCAGUGGAUCUUCAGGGAGCCUGAGUUCCGGUCUUGGCUCGACAUCAGCUCUCCUGGCCACAAGGUUUUAUACGUCAAUGGGAUACCAGGUGCAGGUAAAACGACAUUGAUGUCAAGCGUCAUUGAGAGGCUCCUGGAUGAGAUUCAUCCCGACGACGCUCAGAAAUCAUUUGCUUACUUUUAUUUCAAGCAGGGGCAGCCGGACAAGGACAACUUCAACCAGUGUUGCUAA